AUGUCACAUUCUUCGCAGCACGAUUCUCGUCGACAGGAAUUCGGAGCACCACCGUCGUCUUUUGGCCACUCUGAUUUGAUGACACGCCCCACAUACGAUCCAUAUUUGGACAAUCUCAAGAGUCCUUUGAUUAAGGAUGAAAGUGAUGGAAAAACCCUUAGGCUAAGAUUCGAUGUUGCUCAGUACAAGCCUGAGGAGGUGACGGUGAAAACAAUCGACAAUCGACUCCUUGUUCAUGCCAAACACGAGGAAAAAACGCCGCAGCGUACUGUUUUUAGAGAAUACAAUCAGGACAUACUAAAAUACGCGCUUACAAAACUUAUCUUCGAAUUUACACGUAAGAUGGCUUUCUUGUCUAUGUUGCAUUUUGCAAGGACGGCGAAUGAGCCUUUGUUUCUAGCUGCUUUGAUUGAACAGUCCUACUAUAAAAGUGAAUUGAGCGGCUGGGAAACUCAUUCAGCUCGCUAA